AUGUACCGUAGGCAGAAGAGCCUGGUGCUGAAGGGCAGCAGCUCUGCCCUCUACAACAACCUGAGCGCACUGCCCCUGCCCGCCAAGCAGCUCACCUACUUUGCCACCGUGCAGGGCGGCACCGUCCACCUGCUCAGCGCCUCCGCCGACGGGCUCAGUGUCUCCCACCGCCAGCUGCAGGCCAAGGAGGGCAGCCUAGCCGCCGGCACCUCCAUCCUCACCCAGGCAGCUUGGUGCGUCCUCCCCUCUCGGAGUCUGUUGGUGGUCACAUCGCAGAAAGGAAUCCAGAUGUAUGAGGCAGAUGGAUCCAUUAUGGUUUAUUGGCAUGCUCUGGAUGCCUCAGAAUCUUCGCCAGGGCAGGCUGUGUUUGCUCGUGGGAUCGCAGCCACUGGCCAGCGCUUUGUGUGUGUGGGGACGUCGCUGGGGUGCGUCCUUGUCUUUGACAUCCCCUGCAAGGGCACCAACAUCACCCUGAGUGAGGUUCUGGAAGAGCACCGCAGUGCCAUCACAGACAUAGCUUCCCCUUGUCCUGGCUGUGGCCUGGAGUGUGGGACCCUCAUUGACCUGGUGACUGCCGAUGAUGCUGGGGCACUGUGUGCCUGGCGUUCUGGGGAAGAAUUCCAGCUGGUCUCCAAAAUCCCGGCUUCUGGGUGCCCUUGCUCCUCCGUCAAGCUGUGGAACGGUGUGAUCAUGGCUGGCUACGGCAAUGGCCAGAUCCGUCUCUACGAGGCAGCUGGCGGCACCCUCCGAGCUGAGGUGGCUGCUCACGCACGCUGGAUCUACGCCCUGGACCUUGCUCCGCUCUCGGGGAAGCUGCUGUCAGGGGCCGAAGACUCCUUUGUAACAGUCUGGGGGCUGACGUGCAAUCCAGACACUGAAGACAUUGAGAUCAAGCACUGCCAGACGGAAUGCUUGACGGACACCCAGAUCUGCGGCGCCCGCUUCUGCGACCCAGAGGGCAGCACCUUUGCUGUCACCGGCUACGACCUCAGCGAGAUAAUCCGCUAUGUCCAGCUGUAG